UGUAUUUGCUCUUUGUUUUCAGUUAAAGGCCGCCUUAAAUGUGUUGUUUUUAUUUAAAACGAUUAAAAUGAAAUAGGGUAGGGGUAAUGAAGGAUAAUAAAUACGUUGAAGUAAAUUUGGUUAGGUUACUUCAGCAUUUAGAAAGCGUUCUCUCCUACCGCGUGCGAAUCGGCUCAAUCGAGUCACUAAAAAGAACCUGUUCAAAAGAACGAUUCGUUCGCGAAUCGGACAUCACCAAAGCGCAGUCCGAACUCAGUUCCUCUCUUCAGCGGUAAGACCGAAGUAAGCAGAGAAACCACGCAGCACCAGAGCACAGUCCACCGGCUCAUCUCAGUAUGUGGCAGAGAACUACCCGGUGUUGAAGGAGGACGACGGACCAGACGGUGGUCGGUAAAUCUCAGGGUCACCAAAUUGCCCGUUCCUGCACAAUUAGGGAGGCUCUUAUUGAUGAUCCCUGGUUGUACACAUCUUAGAACUGCCCGUCCUCUACCUCCGACUCUGAGAGCCGAAGCGUCAGGAUCCACGUAGAAGUGAAGCCACCAUGGCUCCAGAAUUCUGUGCGUCACUUUGGUGAGCGUGGGGCCGUCAGAGGGCAGAAGACAUGUUGGGACAGAGGGCUGGGCACUGCACUGAAGCUUGCUGUAGUAACCAUGGAAACGGUGUGGAGGAGUUUGGCCUGCGUUGGCAUCAUCGCCAUGGUUGCCAGUGGAGUGGCAGAGAGUUGGAGUCCUGAGGAUUUUGCUCAGACUCAAGCUGAGUUUCUGUCCAGCUUGGGCCAGUAUGAGAUUGCCAUCCCAGUGCGUGUGGGGCCGCAUGGGGAAACACUAUCGGAAGAGGAGACUUCUCACGGGAAUGGCCGACACCGGCGUAGCACGGAAUCGCAGAGCGUUCCAGACCCGCAGCUGUACUAUCAGCUCUCCACGUCGAGCGCUGACCUUCUACUCAACCUCACACUGCAGGGAGGACUGCUUUCACGACAGUUCCGUGUGGAAUACUGGAAGAGAGGGCACUUGGCUUGGAGUCACCCGUACUUGCCCAACUGCCACUACGUGGGUCACCUGCAGCACCAGCCUCACUCUAGUUCUGUGGCUCUUAGCAACUGUAACGGCCUGCAAGGGGUUAUUGUAGCUGGAGGUGAGGAGUACCUUAUUGAACCCCUGGUUUCUGCUAAAAACUACACUAAUGACGAUGGCAGAGAAGGGCGCCCACAUGUCGUGUAUAAACGGUCAUCUCUGAGAUACCAGAACAUGGACCAGUCCUGUGGAGUCAUUGACGAAAAGCCUGGUAAGAGCUAUGGAUGGUGGCAGAGAACAAUUAAGCCCUCACCCAACCAGAUGGGACGGGGGCAGUUACCACUAAAGCGCUCUGUCAGCCGAGAGCGCUACGUCGAAACCCUGGUGGUUGCCGACAAGAUGAUGGUCAGCUAUCACGGCCGUCGUGAUAUCGAGCAGUACAUUCUGGCCGUCAUGAAUAUUGUUGCCAAACUGUUCCAGGAUUCUAGCCUGGGGAAUGCUGUGAACAUCGUUGUGACGAGGCUUAUUCUACUGAUGGAAGACCAGCCUACACUAGAGGUAAACCAUCAUGCAGGGAAGUCUUUAGACAGUUUCUGCAAGUGGCAAAAGUCCAUCCUGCACCGGAACGGUCAUGGGAAUGCCAUCCCUGACAAUGGAAUUGCACACCAUGAUACAGCAGUCCUCAUCACCAGGUAUGACAUCUGCAUCUACAAGAACAAACCCUGUGGAACACUUGGUCUGGCACCUGUUGGCGGUAUGUGUGAGCCAGAGAGAAGCUGCAGCAUCAAUGAAGACAUUGGUCUGGCCACUGCUUUCACUAUUGCACACGAGAUUGGACACACGUUUGGGAUGAAUCAUGAUGGUGUUGGCAAUGCAUGUGGGGUGCGCAGUCAGGAGACCGCUAAACUCAUGGCUGCCCACAUCACCAUGAAGACUAACCCCUUCGUCUGGUCUGCCUGCAGCCGCGAUUACAUCACCAACUUCCUCGACUCUGGCAUGGGUUCCUGCCUGAACAAUAUCCCCCCCAAACAGGAAUUUGUUUAUCCCACCACAGCCCCUGGCCAAGCCUAUGAUGCAGAUGAGCAGUGCCGCUUCCAGUACGGAGUGAAGUCUCGUCAGUGUAAAUACGGGGAAGUGUGCAGUGAGCUUUGGUGCAUGAGUAAAGGGAAUCGCUGCAUCACCAGUAGUAUCCCAGCAGCCGAGGGCACCAUCUGUCAGACCAGCACCAUCGAAAAAGGGUGGUGCUACAAAAGAGUGUGUGUGCCGUAUGGAACGCGUCCAGAGGGUGUAGAUGGUGGGUGGGGCCACUGGUCACCAUGGGAAGAGUGUAGUCGCACCUGUGGGGGUGGAGUCUCAUCCUCUAUUCGCCAUUGUGACAGCCCCAGGCCAACGGUUGGAGGGAAAUAUUGUCUGGGAGAGAGGAAGCGCUUUAGAUCUUGCAACAUUGAUGAAUGCCCAGCCGGAUCUCAGGAUUUUCGGGAGAUUCAGUGUUCAGACUUUGACAGUGUUCCUUUCCGGGGGAAAUUCUACACCUGGAAGCCAUACAGGGGUGGUGGGGUGAAGUCAUGCUCACUGAACUGCCUGGCAGAGGGCUAUAACUUCUACACUGAGCGCGCUCCAGCUGUGGUGGACGGCACACCCUGCAGGGACGACUCUCUGGACGUUUGUGUUAAUGGCGAGUGUAAGCAUGUGGGCUGUGACCGGAUUCUGGGCUCGGAUGUUCGGGAAGAUCGCUGCCGUAUUUGUGGAGGAGAUGGGAGCAGCUGCCAGGUCAUCGAGGGGGUCUUCAAUGACUCCUUGUCUGAAGGAGGUUAUGAAGAAGUGGUCAGAAUCCCCAAAGGAUCUGUGUUCAUACACAUCCAAGAGCUCAACGUCUCUCACAAUUACUUGGUGUUGAAGAGCAAGGGGGAUCAAUACUUCAUCAACGGCAAGCUGACCAUCGACACGCCACGACGCUUUGACAUCGCAGGAACCACGUUCCACUAUCGCCGACCCAGCAAUGAACCGGAGACCCUGGAAGCACUCGGACCCACCAACAUGACCCUGAUCGUCAUGGUUUUGGUCCGUGAGGAAAAUCCUGGGAUCCAUUACCGUUUUAACCCACCUGUAAACAGAGAUCCACUGAGCAGUUACGCCUGGCAUUAUACAUCCUGGUCCCGCUGCUCUGCGUUGUGUGCAGGAGGGGUUCAAGUCCAGCAGGUAGUGUGCAAGAAACAAGCAGACCUCUCUGUGGUUUACAACCAUUUCUGUGACAAGAAGAACAAGCCCAAAGACAAGAAAAGACCAUGCAACUUGGAGCCCUGCCCUCCAACGUGGUGGACAGGAGACUGGUCAGAAUGCAGUCGGAGCUGUAACGGAGGAGUGCGCACACGAGAAGUGCUGUGUAAGAGGAAGAUCUCGGCUACAGAGGAGAAAGUCCUGGAUGAUGCAGCCUGCACCCCACCGCGGCCUUCCAUCACCGAGCCCUGCAAUAACCACACCUGCCCACCAGAAUGGCAUGCCCUGGACUGGUCUGAGUGUACUCCUAGCUGUGGUCCUGGUUACAGGUACAGGGUGAUUUUAUGUAGAAGCGGAGAGAAUGGUGAAACAUUGGCAGAGUCAGAGUGCCCGAAACAAAGCCGUCCGACCACCAGGGUGCGCUGCAACAUACAACGUUGCCCACCACCUCAGUGGGUUACAGGACCUUGGGGAGGGUGCUCUUCUAGGUGCGGUAUGGGUCAGGAGAUUCGUUUAGUGCAGUGUCUGACACACACUGGCCAGCCAUCCAGUGAGUGCCCUGAGUCAAAUCGUCCCGCCUUCAUGCAGCAGUGCAAGAGCAAGUGUGACCACAGUGGCCCUACAGAUAACCCUGAAGAGUGUAAAGAUGUGAACACAGUGGCAUACUGCCCCCUGGUGCUCAGGUUCAAGUUUUGCAGCCGCGCAUACUUCAGACAGAUGUGCUGCAAAACCUGCCAAGGACACUGACCUCCCUCUCUCUCACUCUCUGUGUCUCUCUCUUUCUCUCUCGCCCUCAUUUUCUCCUCCCUCCUCCCUACCGUCUCCUUGCAUGGCCAAAACCGCCCAUGCUCAGCAUUCCACUGGAGAAGUGCUGUUAACCACUGGCAAACUGACAUCAUUGUGGGAGAAAGCACGGAAGAAAUGAGAGCGAGAGAGAGACGUGAAAAGAAAGAGAGGGAGAGAAUGUCUGUGCUGCUCUCUUUCUCUCCCUCCGACCAGAUGCUUUGGCACUGCUGCUGUGAAUACCAGUCUGCCCAAAAGACAUCUGUCAGUGUUUCUUUUGCUCUUCCACGUGGUGCUUUCGACCAUUACUUAUCAUACAGAGAAGUGUUUGUGUGAACUGUCACACCUGUACUGCUAGUUCUCAGUGAAUAAUAGUCGUCUAUUAUUGUAAUGUGAUAAAAUAAGGAUUUAUAGACCAGUCGUCUAUAUUAUAGUCUCAAAGGUGCACUCAGUAAUUUUUUUUUUGUUUAUGUAGUGCUGAUUGUCUUGGACUUAUACUGACACCUAGUGUUGUGGAUGAAUCAUCAUGCACAAUCAUUAUCAGUAUUAUUUCAGUAGUAUUAUUAUUCCACAAGCAAAAACAACCAGAUUUCUGAGUUAAAAUGAGUUGUAUUCAACUGGUCAUGUGAUCUCAACAUGGCUGCCCCCAUGAGAGACCCACUCCAUGUAAAAUAAAACAGCUUUAAUUAGGCUUAAUAAAAUGAUUUAAAAUGAUUUUUUACUUUGCUUGUGUAAAAAAAAAAAAAAAUGAAGAAAAAAAUGUUGAGUGCAUCUUUAAAGGCAUAA